GCUCCGGGGCUGCAAGAUGCCGCGCUCCUUCCUGGUGAAGAAGCACUUCUCGGCCAGCAAGAAGCCCAACUACAGCGAGCUGGAGAGCCAGACCGUGAUCGUGUCGCCGCUGCUGUACGAGAAGUGCCCGCUGCCCGUGAUCCCGCCGCCCGAGGUGCUCAGCGCCGGCGCCUACUACCCGCCGCUGGUGUGGGACGCGGGGCUGCUCUCCAGCCUCUUCCCGGCGGGCGCGGGCGCGGAGGCGGCGGGCGCCGCGGCGCCGGCCCUGGACCUCACGGCGCUCUCCAGCGAGGACGACGAGGGCAAGAGCUCGGGGCCGCCCAGCCCGGCCUCGGCGCCCGCCGCCGCCGAGCGCUUCCGCUGCGCCCAGUGCGCCAAGGCCUACUCCACCUUCGCCGGGCUCUCCAAGCACAAGCAGCUGCACUGCGACGCCCAGGCCAGGAAGUCCUUCAGCUGCAAGUACUGCGAGAAGGAGUACGUGAGCCUGGGGGCUCUCAAGAUGCACAUCCGGAGCCACACGCUGCCCUGCGUCUGCAAGAUGUGCGGCAAGGCCUUCUCGCGGCCCUGGCUGCUGCAGGGCCACAUCCGCACGCACACGGGGGAAAAGCCCUUUUCCUGUACGCACUGCAACCGGGCCUUUGCCGACCGCUCUAAUCUCCGCGCCCACCUGCAGACCCAUUCAGAUGUAAAGAAGUAUCAAUGCAAAACCUGCUCCCGGACUUUCUCCCGUAUGUCCCUUCUUCACAAACACGAAGAAACAGGCUGCUCUGGAACACGCUGAGGACUCGGGACCCCGCGGACUCUUAACAUGCAAAUACGUAUAUUGUAACUAGUUUCUGUAGGAGUUAGUUUCCUUGGUGUUGCCAUUACAGUGUGUAUCCGACCUGCGUACACAGCUACUUCGGGCCUUAAGAGACUUCUUCGCACUCCCCGUUUCGCGCCUCUUGUGCAAUUUUUAAGGCCUGAUCCUUCUCCCAGCCGGGUCGGUAGCGAUGACCUCCGUGGGUGCGGGGCUGCACUCUCCCGUCGUGUUUGGGCGCAGGUGGCAGAACAAGCGCACGAGAGCCGGACACCACGGGUGCAGGCUUGAGCCUGCUGGCGCUGCCGAAGAGUUUUGCCGUAGACCUGCACCAGGUGCCUACUGGUUGCUGAAGGCACUCAGCACCUUGCAGGGUGGGACCUGCACCCUGACCACACUGCUGGUAUAAAAAACAUUGCGAUCAUGUAGCUUUGGGGUUUGCUUUAUUCUUUUUUACCAUAACCACUUGGUAACUUUUUAAGAACCAAUAUUUUAAAGAACCAAUAUUUUUUAAUGAAGGACAAAAAGUGUUAAGCUGAACCCCUUUCCCUUCCCUGACUGUAUAUAUGCCGCCUAUAGAAGGUGUAACUAUGCAAUAAUACAGUGUCACAUUAGUUGUGAAGCAGCUGCUUCUCCCCAGCACAAUGACAAUUUGCAAUGCCUCCGAGAUUAACAGUGUCCAUAAAAGGCAUUGGUAGCCAUUUCAAACAAGAAUCCUGUUUACAGAGCAGCUAUGCACUCAAGCACCUGUUAAUAUGACUCUUAACAACUGCUUUUCAGGAGAACUGUGACUAAUAGCAGGCACUUGUCAGCUGAUACAAUGGUGGCCUGUCCGAGGGCGCCGUGGACAGGUGGGUGCCAAGCGCGCUCUUUGCGGGUAUUGACAGGUGCCUCCUGAAUGCAUCUUUCUUUGGAUAUUGUUUUCCCAGCAUCAUAACAAAGAGGAUGUUUACAUUUCAAAGGUACACUGGUAUUUAUAUUUUUUUUGUGCCACAAUUUUGUACUGAUGAAACUUUUAUAUAAUUAUAUACAGUUUAUUGAUAU